GUGUAUAUUAUCCUCCAAGGCGCUCGCGAUGGCGGCCAGCAGCUCUACCGCCCGCAAACUGGCGUCGGACACUUUCGAGGACUACAACAACGGCGCGCAGACCGCGGCGCUCAAGGCCAUCAAGUCUUCCAUGGCAGCGCUGCCCCAGGACGUCGGCUUUCACCGCUCGGUCGACGCGGGAUAUGCAGACGCCAUAGAUGUGUGCUCUGGACGGGUGCUGGGUCUGAUCAACAAGAUGCUCGCGCUUGCGACAUCCGCAGAUCCAUCGGGUGCACGGAAGGGCAAGGCGCGGGCGGAGAGUGGGGAGGACCUUGUUGAUCGGUUCCAGGCGGUGGCAGUCGACGCGAUGGACCAACUGCUCGAGCGGGCUGAUAUGAACCUCGACGAAUUUCUGGGCAAAAACAAAGCCCCGGCCAUCGCUGUCAACCCGUCCGUCUCACGGACACAGCAACGACAACCACCACAGCAGUCCGAAUCCAGUGCACCGAAGCCGAAGCCGUCCCUUGGCCGUCUGGACCCUGCCUUGCAGCAUGCCAGCCACCUCCGCAAGCCACAGCUUUCCUUCACCCGCACGGUGGAUAACGCGUCCCAGGACCCCUGGAAACCAACGCUGAAGCACAAGUACAACGCCCAAGUGCCGCUUGGCUACCGCUUCCAGGACGAGGAAGGCGGCGAUGCCACUAGCGCCGGGAUACAUCCCUACCACUACGAAAUAACACACGUAUCUUAUCCCGCACACCUCUUCUCUCCCGGACAACCGACGCCGCCCAAGUCCUUCGCCGAGACGCCGUUCACGUGGGUCGCCACUCCCGCCGCGUUUGCCUUAAUGCUCGAAAAGCUCCGCCUAGCGGACGCGAUCGCCGUCGACCUCGAGCACCACAGUUACCGUACCUUCGCUGGCUUCGUGUGCCUGAUGCAGAUCAGCACCCGGACGGAGGACUGGAUCGUCGACACACUCGUCCUCCGGGACGAGCUCGAGGAGCUGAAUGAGGUCUUCACGGACCCAAGAAUCGUCAAGGUUUUCCACGGUGCCGAGUCAGACAUACAAUGGCUCCAGCAAGAUUUCAACGUCUUCGUCGUGGGCUUAUUCGACACCUUCCAUGCGUCCAAGGUCCUCCAUUUUCCCAGACAUGGUUUGGCGUCCCUCCUCGAGAUGUACUGCGACUUCAUCGCGGACAAGCGGUACCAGCUCGCCGAUUGGCGAAUAAGACCGCUUCCGCAGGAGAUGCUCGACUACGCGCGCUCGGACACGCACUACCUGCUCUACAUCUACGAUCAUCUGCGGCACGCCUUACUCGAGCGCGGCACCUCGCCCGCCUUCGCCGCCUACACACCCGUUGACAUCACGCUUGAGACGCCCAUCUCGCAUCUCACCCCAUCGGACGGCGCGACGUGGCUCCUCCGCGAGGUCCUCGCACGCUCGGCCCAGACCACCCUCCGGACGUUCGAGCGCGAGCUGUACGACGCCGACAACGGCACCGGGCCCGCGGGGUGGGACACGCUCGCGCGCAAGUGGAACAAGAGCGCGGGCGCGAUGCCCCCCGUGCAGCGCGCGGUGUACAGGGCCGUGCACGCGUGGCGGGACCGUGUCGCGCGCGAGGAGGACGAGAGCGCGCGGUACGUGCUCCCAAACCACUACCUGUUCCAGAUCGCAGAGAGCCCGCCGGCGGAUAUGCCGGGUCUGCUGGCGGCGUUCAGACCCGUGCCGCCGGUCGUGAGGAGGCGCGCGAAGGAGCUGUUGGACAUCGUUCGGGCGGCCGUGAAGAGCGAGCUGGAUAGCGAGGGGGGUCAAACGAAGGCCGUGGAGGCAGGAGAGGCAGAGAUGAUUCCUGAUGAACCGCCGCGCACUACAGGUAAGGCAUAUGACGUCGUUGAAGGAUCAGCGUCGGAUGCGUCAUCUCCUUCGACUGGGCUGUGGUCGUUCGCUCCUGCUUCGUCCAAUGCUCCGCUGGCGACCACCGCUUCUACUCUUCUCGGGCCUUCGUCUUCUACAGCUUUGCCCUCGGCUACUUCAACUGUCGCUCAGGAAGCCGAUACGGUCAGUGUGCGAAGCAAAGCUUCAUGCUCGACCACUCGCAGCUCUCUCUUUGGCUCGCCCAAGCGUCUGUUCUCGUCCUCCUCCUCUGGCGAAGGCCAAACGUCACGCAUCAGGCACGUCCUCGCGCGGAUACGCGGGUCGCUCACCGUUGGCGCCUCGGUGCCGAAAACGCCACCACCGCCACCACCGGCAGCGGAGGAGGACGCGAAACCCGUGCCGGAGCAGAUCGAGGUGCCGUUCGUCCCUCUCGCGCAGCGACAGCCCGUCGUGCGCGAGGUGGUUGACGACGCGAUUGUCGUUGUCGGACAGCGGCAGCAGAAGAAAAGAAAGCGGAACAAGGAAAAGAAGGAUGGCAAGGCCGAGGUGGCGCCUGGUAAAGCAGACGCAGGAGGUGUCCCGGACGAUGGCGUCGUCGAAGAGUUCGACUACGCGACGGCGUCUAACAUACUGGACGAGGAUGGAGGGGCGCCGGAGCCGGUGGGCCGGCCUAAGAAGAAGCCGAAGGCAAAAGGCGCCGCUGGGUAUCAGUAUGGUGACUUCCCCGCGCCGCCGCGAGCACAUCGGGAUGUCAAGAGCGGCAACCAGUCGCAUACGUAUCGGUAGUUGCGAUGCUUCUAUGACUCGCGUUAUGUUUUCCUGCUUCACAUCAUCUUACCCAUCGACGCACUGCCCACGUGCAUCGUAUGUCACCAAUUAAUAUCAAGGUUCAUGCCAAGAGACUACCGCACAACUCGUGCAAUACCAGAAAUCGGUCC